CCUCACUUAAAGCGUUAAAUACGGUGGCUCGUCCACCUCCACGAUCGUAUGGCAAUAAAUGGUUCGCGAUCGUAUUCCCCUCAUCAAUACCGGUUGUCGACGAUCUGAACUUACACUAUCUACCUACGCAACGCCAGUACUCGCUGAGGACCGCACGUUCCUAUUUCGUAUCUAUCAUGGAAGAAACCAUUGAAGAAACCAUAGUCUGUGCUCCCACUUCGGAUGUGCAGGCGAGUGAGAGUUCCUGUAAAAGGAGGAGGAAAUCAACUUCUAUCCCUAGGUCAGUCUCUACCUACGGAGACGAUAGACAUGGCAGAUGUGUGCCGAGGCCAAGACGCGAAAAUGCCAUAAAAGACGACAAAUAUUCUCAUCAGAAAAUGAGAAUAGAGCAUGCUCAAGACAGGAAACCGUCAGCCCUGCGUCAGUCUUCGCGGCUCUCUCAAAAAACAGAGGAUCGAGAAUGUCUCCCUGAGUGUUCGCCUGGCAUCGUUUCAGGGGAUAUCUCUGGAAGGAUCCAGUGUGAUAGCACCGGCGAUCGUGCAGGUGCAGCAGAUGAUGAGAUUGUUUCCAUUAGGGACUCACCUCACAACCCGUCAGACAGGUCCGAAGCUACGGUUGAAGUUCUAGCACUUGAAUCUCAACAGAGGGACGACAUGCCCCAUAUGAGAAUCAUUCCUCGCCUUCAAGAAGCAGAAGAAGAUCGCCUAAAAUGCGACCAAAGUUCGACUUCUCCGACAUAUCAUAACGAACACACUCCGAAAACCGCGAACAGCAACACGGGAAACAUACCUGCACAAUCACCCGACAGGCUCGAUACAAGAGCGGUGUCCAAGAAGACUGUGGUAAUCUUGGAUGAUAUUUCUGAGCUUAAGAUUCCUAAUGCAUCUCUAUCAGUCAGGGAAAAGUAUCCCAAAGCUUCCGAGUCCAAGAACGAAAUGAUAAAGAAAGAUGCGAUCUCAUCAUCGACUACAGCAAAAGCGACCUCACUACCCGGGAUCAAUUCUUUUCUGCCAGACGCAUUCACCGGUCAGGAAAGGAAAUAUGAUAUCCAGGCCCGUCCCUCCGGUAUCAGUCUUAGAGAGCUCCACGAGCGAUCGCUUCAACCCUGGUUUACUUACGGAACAGCGAGAUGGAAGGAGAUGGAAGCACAGAUGCUGUCGGUCACAAAGGAUGUUGCUCAAUUACAUACAACAGCAGAGUGUUAUUAUCUCUGAAGCCACAUAAGUGUCCAUGGUCAAGCUCUUAAGCGCGGUGAUACGGUACUCGCCACCAUGAACCCUGUUAAUACUCACAAUGAUUGACUAAGCGAUAGGGAUCAACGACCAAACCAAAAUAUACAUACGGAUUCACAAAAGCAUGCUGAAGCAGGUUUAAGUUAAUCUAGUCAGUUAGAUACAAUCAACUACCAAUAGACUCCCA